AUGGCAGUCUCGAGCGCGCUGAAGGGGCAGAAGGUGGUCGAUGUCCAGGGCGAUGGCUCCGAGGGUAUGUUCGAGAUCCGACACCGGGAGAUCAUGACCCGUUUGGAUGACUUGUUCCGGCAGCAUGAACUGCUCCUUCAAGGCAGUGCGGCCGAAAGAUCGCAUCCGAUCCCGAUGGUGGCGAAACACUCGAUGGGCGGAAGGGCCCUCCACUCGCGAACACUCGUCGGAGCUCUACGGCAGGAGGGAGGCGGAGGCGAUUCCUACGAGCUGGCGAAGGAGCUGUCCUACGAGCCCAAGCCCGGCAGCCGCCGAGUUAAGCGGCAGGGCGACAAGCCAGCGGACAACAACCGCUCGGGGGAGAAAACGCAGCACAAGCCACCGUCGCACAAACCGCCGGAGACCAAAGUGCAACAGUUUGUGCACUCCUGGGGCUUCGAAGCCUUCUUUGCUGUCGUGAUCGUUUCCAACACCGUGGUGUUGGGUGUGCAGACGGCCUGGAUGGCUGAACACUUUGUCCAUGGGGUGCCCCCCGUCUUCCUGGUGCUGCAGGUGGCCUAUGCGACCCUCUUCUUUGUGGAGGUGGUGCUCCGGAUCUGUGCCGAUGGAAUUUCCAGCUUUUUUUGCUCGCGACCGUGGCUUUGGAAUCUGUUGGAUAUCUUCGUAGUGGUGAGCUCCGUGUUCGAGCUCGUCUACUCUGCGAUUGCAGGCUUUCAGACUAAUCCAGCCUCGACCAGUGCUCUCCGGCUGGUGCGGAUCAUGAAGAUUGCGCGCCUUGUGCGGAUUGUCCGUGUGGCCGCGGUCUUGCGCUUCAUCCGAGCCCUGCGAAUCCUGAUCUUCUCCAUCAUGCAGACUCUGAAAUCACUGCUUUGGUCGCUGGUUCUGCUGUUUGUCAUCAUCUAUGCUUUUGCCGUAUUAUUUACAGACGCUGCGGUCACCUAUCAGUACAUCAAUGGGGAGAAUGCAGAGCUUUCCCAGAUGUUUGGCUCCUUGAUUGGCUCGAUGAGCACCCUGCUAAGGUCAAUCUCUGGCGGCAUGAACUGGCAAGGUCCCGCGGAUGCCUUGGGCCAAGUGGGAACGGAGUGGGAAGUGCUGUUUACGCUGUACGUGACAUUUAGCUGCUUCGCAGUUCUAAAUGUGAUGACCGGAGUGUUCUGCCACAGUGCGAUCACUGGCGCUGCCCAAGAUGAGCAUCUGAUGGUCCAGUCUCUCCUCCAGGAAAAAGAUCAGUUCCGCCAGAAGUUCGAGCAGCUUUUCCAUGAGGUGGAUGAUGAUGGCACGGGGCACAUCACACUGAACGAGUUCGAGCGUCACUUCAACGACGCCUCGCUGGCAGCACUCUUCGAAGCGCUCGACCUGCCAUCGACGGACGCCUGGAGCCUCUUCCAGACCCUGGAUGCGGAUGGCGACCACAUGAUCGACGCAGACGAGUUCCUCGAUAGCUGCAUCCGCAUGCGCGGCCCCCCUCGCUCUGUGGACGUGUGCGCCAUUAAGCGACAAGCAAACAAGAUUCGGAGGCAAGUGAUGGACUUGGCAGAUGUGAUCGAAGACGUGAUGGAAGUGCAGGAGGAGAUUCAUGGCAACCUCCAGAGGACCAUCCGGCAGCAAGAAGUGCAAGGCGCAGUGCUUGUCUUUUGCUUUUCGGCCAUGGUGUUCAACCCAGCAAAGCAGGCGUUCUCAGAGCGCUGCUUACUGCAGAGGUGGUGGCUGAAGGUGGCCUACGACGGCUCCGAAUUCAAGGGCUGGCAAGCGUUGGGCGAUCAAGGCGCCCGCACCGUGCAUCGAACACUCACUGCUGCUAUGAUGGCUUCGCAUCCCCUUCACAGUCGCCAUCGCCAGGCCCCUGUUCUGGUGGGCUGCUCCCGCACCGACCGGGGCGUGCACUCGGAGGGGCAAGUGGUCCACGCCGACUUACUGAGCCUCCGGGACCUGGAUGCGGACACGCUGAGGCGCCGGGUCAACUGCCGGCUUCCAGGAGACGUGCAGUUGCUCGAAGUUCGUCCGGUAAGCAACAGCUUCCAUGCACGGAUGAGUGCAUUACGCAAGCGGUAUCGCUACGACCUGCUGCUGAAUCCACGGGCUUCGCCGUUCGAUGCACGAUUCGUCUGGGCUGUGGGCGACCUCGAUGCCGGUGUGAUUUCCGAGGCCGCUCGGCAGCUCAGCGGCCAGGCCGUGGACUGCAGUCUCCUCACCGUGAACUGGCGUGCUUCUUGCAAAGCCGACACGGAUGAGUUCGACGAGGAUUACUACGGAUCCUUGACGAAGCGGCUGCAACCUCAGCCGGACAAUGCAACCUUGAUGCAGACCUGGAGGUAUUUCGAGUUCCGGUUUCAUGGUUCGACUCCGUCAGAUCCCAGAGUCAGCGUCCUGGUGACAUCUGAAGAUUCCAUGAAAGCUGGCUACAGCACGAAGAUGGCGCGAGUUGUGGUCUCUGCCCUCGUGGCCUGCGCGCGGGGGGUGAUCGGUGUGGCUGAUCUCCAGGACGCUUCUUCUCCGACCUUCGCCAAUGCCUUGCAGAGGGUUAAGGGAAGGAUGGCGCUGGCACCUCCGAACGGCCUGUUCCUGGAGGAGAUUGCCUAUCCGAUGGACGAUGGGGCCAGCGAUGUCUCGACCUUCGAGGGUAUGGGACAAGGGCUUCCACUGGAAGAUCCGAUGAGAUUUUGCAUGUGCCCGUCCUCCGUAGUUCGGAACGUCAGCUGCUAUCAUGAAGUUGACCGGGAGCUGAUCCCUUGCAGAGUGGGCUCAAUUGUCGCAGAGGAGAUCACUGCAAAGCCGGUGAAGAGGCGGUGUGCUAUCCUGUGUGUAGAUCGUUGCUUUGCAUGUCUCUGCUCUGGGGUGGCCGUCAUCGGAACUCUCGUUUUCAUCGGUGAAAGGAGUUUUGGCUGCUGUGGGGCCGAGGUGUUGAGGCUUGACCUGAGCGUAUCGCGGGGCAUGAGCCCCUUUCUUCGACAGGCAGUGCUGAUGCAGAUUCGGAGCAGUACCGAAAUGAACGCCUCUGGCGUGUCGGGCACUCCCUAUGGAACCAACCUCGGAGGAUGGCUCUGCCUUGAAGACUGGUUCUUCUCUGGCUUUGCCGGGCGCUUCGUGUCCACCAGCGACAACAUAGGCCAGGGUGCUUGUCUCCCACCGCUGCUCCAGGGUGGUGAGAAGCCUUGGCCUUCCGAGGGCGUCCUCACGCAUCGGCUUGCCAAAACGUACGGCAAGAAGUUUGCGGCGCAGGUGUUCACGGCGCACAGGAAUGACUUCAUUAAUCCCAGUGACCUGCAGGCCAUGAAAGAAAUCGGCAUCAAGGUGGUGAGAAUCCCUGUCAUGUGGACUCUCUUUGCAGAUGCCCUUGCAGUCGUCGACAAGGAGGCUUACGGUUCGCACGAUCCAGACAAGGACACGGUGAUUGUGCCCGAUCCGUACUACACCAAGAACAUCUCCUACGCGACCAUCCCGCGAAAUCUUCUGGAGUCGCUCUUCAUCCAGGGCAAUCAGCUGGGCCUGAAGUUCUUGCUGGACAUUCAUGCCUUCCCGGGUGGAUCCUCCGACGGCACCUACAACGGCAUCUAUCCCGAGAGGCCCGUCUUCUGGAAUGAGGAUGUCCAGUUGGGCAAAAAGCCUCGCAUCUCCCUGCAGAAUGCAGGGCUUCUUAUCGUCGACGCCGCCAUCGCCUGGAUCGAGGGCCUGUCAGGAGCCGCCAAAAAGGCAGUUUAUGGGCUUUCGCCCAUGAAUGAGCCCGCGCAUCUGGCCGGCUUUCAGAAUCCGACCUUCGCAGAUCACAAAAUCGUGCUGUCCUGGUUGGAAACGGCCACAAAGAAGUUUAGCCGCUCCAAGCUCGUGACGCAGGAUGUGAAGAUGUACAUGCAGGUCAUCGAGACAGCCUUUCCGGGCGACACCUUCAACGAAGAAGUUCCUUCAUGGUGGAAGGAGGUCACCAGCGUGAAGGAUCGCAACACCUGGGCUGUCUUUGACAUGCACUGGUACACCGCCUGGGGCACGAAGGCUGGCCUCUUGCCUGGCGAUGCCGCAGUGCUCUGCAGCCAGGGGAUUGACAAAAUCCUGGAGGUGCUGAGUCCCGGAAUCGUCGGAUUUGCGGAGAGCUUCAAGGAAAAUUUUGAUGGCCAGCGAGCCACCUCGGAGUUCUCAGCAAGCACGAAUGCAGAUGCUCUUGUGGCCUGCAGCGACGUCGCGAUUACCAAGGCUUUCAUGGAGAAGCAGGUCGUGGUCAUGAAGCAGCACGGAAUCAAUCCGUACUUCUGGUCUCUGAAGAUGCCCUACGGUCCUCCCUUCGAAGGGGGAUGGAGCUUGAAGAAGAUCUACGGGCUGCAAGAAACGCCGCGCUACCCGUGCGAACUGGGAGCAGGCGUGAAGUUUCCGGCCGGUGACGUGCCUUGCUUCGCAGGCGACUGUUGA